AACGCUUGGCGAUCCAACUCUACCCGAUGGAAAUUCAAACAUCAUCACGCUCUGGUUACUACUUCCCGGGAGACGUAGUUUCCGGCAUCGUUUCCAUUUUUAACAAAAACAUCAACAUUAAUGGAUUACAUCUUGAGGUUGAGGGGCGGCUAUCAUUCUCCGCUGUUCAAGAUGCAAAUGCGUACAAGAAAACCAAAUCCUUUAUGUAUUUAACUUUACCUUUGAUUCGCGACUCUCCUGUAACCCAAGAUGUGGAAGAUGGACUGAAAUUCCCUUUUGAAUUUAUCCUUCCGCGCGAUAUUCCAAGUUCCUACGAAGGAAAAUUUGGCAACAUCCAGUACAGCAUUAAAGCCGUCAUCAAAGAACAAGAUUCAGUCUUCAAGCUUGUUUCCACCGGGUUCACUGUCAAAGACGAAGUCACCCUUAAUUCCCAAGACUAUGUUCAAAUGCGGCAGUCGAUUUCAAUCCCGCGAUCUGGAAUCAUGGCGGAUGUCUGGCUGGAUAGAACGGGAUAUGUUCCCGGAGAGAAGAUCAAAUUCAACGCCAUGAUUGACAACAAGAGCGGUAAAUAUGUUCCAGGAACCACCGUUCAAUUUAUCCAGUACACCAUGUUCAACGAUGGGCAAUUAUUUCGUUCAGUUAAAGAAAAGAAAAUUCUUUGGGAAACCAAAGGGCGACAAAUCAGCGACAAUGCAACUCAAUUAUGGGACAAGUUUCCCAUUAUCGUUCCUUGCGUUCCACCUUCAAGGAUGCCGUUCGUCGACAUAACCUACGUGAUCAAGUUGACCGUCCACCGGACCGGAUUUUUAAAUUUCAAUUUGGUUGUACGCCAGAACAUUGUGAUUGCAAGUUAUCACAGUCCAUCAUGUAGUGAUAUUGAAACAUAUUGAAACAGCUAAGCCAAUUUAGUGACAAUUCUUAUGAUU